AUGUCACACUCGUAUUCCUCGCAGAACCUACGGGCGGAUGUGGUAUCCAUAAUUGCAAACGUUGAAUCUGAUGAAGCUAAAGCUCUUGAGCUAUCGAAGAAAGUUGCUUUGAAGGUUAGUGAAGGCCAGCUCAAAUUAGUCGAGUUAGUCAUUUGCUUAAGAGAAUAUAUCACUUCCCCAGAGCAGAUUGAAAGACAGCAUGCCCUGCACUGCCUUUCUACGAUUCUGGGGGAGUUGCCUAAGCAUACGCUAUUGAAAAACGAUGUUUCGGUUAUUCUCGACUUCUAUUUAGGUAAAUUCGAUGACAUUUACUGUAUGAAAGAGACCUUGUAUGGCCUAAGUCACAUUGUCAACAUGAAAUGCUUUUACAGUAACCAGGUUUCUUCUGUACUGAAGCCACUGAAGGAUGAUUACCAAUCUACUCAGUAUCUCGCUGCAACGCGCUAUUACGCGUUCCUGGUUUUGCAACAUCUGCUAGAAAAGUUCCGAGAAUCCAUGUCAACCAACCUACCGUUAAACAACUUAUUCAUUGAAACAUUUUUAUCGAUUGCAGGAGGCGAAAAAGACCCUAGAAAUUUGCUGAUUUCCUUCCAUCUAAACUCCGCUAUCAGUUCCGCUUUAGAAAACAUUUCUCAGUAUAAGGAAGACCUUUUUGACACUUUGUUUUGUUAUUUCCCUAUCACUUUCAAACCACCCAAAAAUGAUCCUUACAGAAUCACCAACAUUGACUUGAAGGUCGCACUACGAAGUGCCAUAUCAGCUAGCCCUUAUUUCGAAGAAGACGCAUUUGGGAAUCUAAUUGACAAAAUGACCGCGUCUUCUCCAAGUGUGAAGAAUGACACUUUGUUGACUAUGAAAGCAUGCAUUGAAAGAUUUGGAGGCGAGGCUUGUAUUAAGAAUUGGGUACCCAUCUGGAAUGCUCUGAAGUUUGAGAUAAUGAACAACGUGGACGCUGAUGAAUCUGUGACUGAAAGCAACGAACCAGAAUUUAAUAACUAUGAAGAAUCCUUAAGAAUAAUAACAUCGAUAUCAGCUCAACUCCUCAACCUCAAAGAAGGUGCGUUUGACAAGUUCCAAAGCCACAUAUUUGAUGAGCUUGAGCCUAAUUUCAAGUAUGAAAAAGACCUUAAGCAGAGCUCUGCCAUCCUGGCGGCGGUGGCGAGAACGAAUGUCACAAGCUUCAACAAAGUAAUGGAUGACGUUUUGAAACUGUUUUUUGAUAACGUCAGUGACUUGGAUGUGAACAAGCUGAAGCUUCUUAUUCUCAACCUCUCGUUUUUCUUUGACGCUUACAUCGAAGUCUUCAGUCCUUACAGCAAUAAGGCACAAAACAAAGCCGUUCCAGAUAAUAAAUUGGCACAAUACAAAGACCAGAUUUUGAUGAUUUUAAGCAAAAGUUUAAAAGGGAGCUCUAAAAGCGAGGUAAGCUUGCGAACUUUGUCUGUCGUUCAACUCACGAAACUAGUCAAAAUGCCGGGCUUCUUAAGUGGGGAAGAAGUCAGCUUGAUAGUUCAAUAUCUCACGGAAACAAUUUUGACAGACGACAACAAGAAUGUUUACUUUGCAUGCUUAGAAGGUCUCAAAGUCACCAGUGAUGUUUCAGAAAAUUCUGUGGUUGAGAUCUCUCUGAAUCAAAUGUUGAAGCACCUAGAGAAGGAAGGAACUCAUACUGUGGUCCUUGGUGAAGAAGAAGCUGUACCAGUUGAAAGGAUUCUGAAAGUUAUUCUGGACUUUACGACCUCUCGACACAAACUUGUGGUUGAAAGUAUUAUCGGGAUUUCAAACAUAAUCUGCCAUUUUUCGAAAUACGUGGAGGAGAAAGAAUACUGCUUCAUGCUCGUGUCCUGCCUAUAUUCUUUAUUUGACAACAACCAAGAAGUUUUAACGAAUGAUGUAGCUUCACAUCUCAAAAAAUCUAUUGAAACAGAACUACUAGCGUCUUCAAAGAAUGUUGCAAUCUACUCCGAUGAUCACAAUCUCCACUUAAUAUCUGCUGUUUUUUAUUUCUUAAAUGUGAACGCCCCACAAGCAAACCAUCAAAUUGAAUUAGACAGAUUCUUGGUCCUUUUUACUGAAGACACCAAGGUUCUAAAGUCACCCGCGAGAUCCGUAAUCAUAUUCGCAAAAUUACUCUCUGCUUUUGACAAAGCUUGCAAAAUCCCCGGUGGGCUGUUACUCAAUGAAAGCAUAAGGCUUCUCAAAGUUCAGCACGAAAAGUGCUCUGAAUUUGAGAAACUUGCUUAUUUAGAGCUGCUUGCUGUUUUGUCGAAUAAGUGGUGCACUGAGGAUAAUGUAAACGCAAACCUGGAUAUUAGCAACACAGCACUAAUUGACCUUGAGAUCGAAGCUUGGUGCACGAAAGGGCUGGCAAUGAAGAAUUCCAAACUGGCAGAAACUUACACAGACAAAUUUGUGAAACUACUGGGGGACGCUGAUAUAGGUCCUGCGAGUGCUAAGCUUUUUGGAGUUUUUGUGAUGGAUAUACCAACUCUUGACAGGAUUAAAGGUAUUUCAUGGAAUAACAACGUCCGACUACUCUAUAAACAAAAACUUUUUAGCGACGUCGCUCCAAAGUUGGUGUCAGGUUACAGUGCUACCAGUGAUAUGUCCUUGAAGGCCAACUACUUACUGGCUCUCUCCCUUUUGCUGAAAAACACUCCCAACAAAAUCACGAUCAAUUACAUUCCAAAUCUACUUUCACUGCUCUUGCAGGCUGUUCAAUUGAAUAACAGUGAUGUACGGGUUUCAGCACUAACUACAAUCAGAGGCACUGUUAACCAGGCUUCUCAACUUAUCACAGAGCACAUACACAGCUUAAUACCCCUAUUGAUGCGCUUGACAAACCCUGAUAAACACAAUGCAUACUUGGUAAGAUUAACGGCACUUGAGAUUUUGCGAGACUUCACAGAUCAUGUUCCUUUGAACUACUUACUGCCCUACAAAGACGAUAUCAUCAAAGGCCUAGCCGUCGCAUUAGACGACAAAAAGCGCAGGGUCCGCAAAACAUGCAUCGAUACAAGGCAAGCAUAUUUUGAAUUAGGCCAGGUUCCUUUCGAAUGA